UCAAUAUCGAUAAUAUUAUCGCACUCCUUAUCAGCGCGCAUAUAUAGGGCAAUAUUUAUCUCUUUUAUUCUAUUUUAAAAAAUAUUGGCUUAUAAUAAAAUCUUGUAUCUUUUUCUUUAUUAAAGAUUAAAGAUUUAAAUAAAACUACAAAACAUAUCUUACUAAGCAAUGACUCACAUUUUCGGCAUAAAACAUUCGUCGUAAAAUGACGAUGACUCGAUGAUUUGGUUAUGCUUGUUGAAUUACAUGCGAUAUGCGAUACGUAAUUCGUAUUUAGUUUGUCGUUUCACGUCCGCAUGACACAUCGUGUAAUAAAAAAUGAUUACUUUUAAAUACCCAUAUCAUUGAUAUUUUAUUGAUAAAGUCACUCAAAGUAUAAGGGUGAAAUCCAAUAUCACAUACUACGUACAGUGUAUCUUAUGUAAAAUGGCAUAUAUGGAAAAAUUACCUGUACUAGAAGGAGCAAGAGUAAUUGUUAUAGAUGAAGGAUUAGAUGUAAUGUAUGCAGGAACAUUAAUAGCUGGAUGGCUGCAUGCGUGGAAGGAGAAGGAUCCUAACUAUAGUAUAGAUUUAUUGUCAUUUUCUGAUCCAACAUUUUGGUACGACAACGAACCUACACCACUUACAUCCAAGAAUAUACAUUUAUACGAUUAUUAUACUAUAGAUGUAAACAAAGUUGCAAAGAAAGAUAUAGAAAAUCUUGAAUGUAUACUUAAAACUAUCAAGUUGAAACCUCGGAAUAUAGUUAUUGUCAAUUGCUUGAGUUCCUUAAUUCUAUACGCAGGUCUAGCAAAGGCUCUAUCGUUCAUAGAAAAAUUAAGUAAGCAGGUGUCGCAACUUAUAUGCAUUUAUCGGAGAGAUAUUAUACAGAAAGUUCCCGCAAUUGAAACUUUGGGUACUACUUAUGUUAAGCUAGAGAAAUUUACCGGAAUUAGCUCUAUAAAUGAUUUAAUUUACACUGCAAGGCUCAUCCAUAGAAAAUUGGGUAGUUCUAUAGUAUGUCAAACAGAAAUAAUAAAACAGGAGAGUACAUCUUAUCGGAUUAACGCUGAGAAGAUUACAACGGUAAAUUUUAGCAAGUCAGAAGCAAAUGGAAGUCACGCGGUGAAAAUUGAAUCAUCAUUUAGAAUAGAGAUGAAUGCUCGAGAGAUGGAACAAAGAAACAAAACUCCUUUACCUUACACUCUUAAUACAACAAAUACAUCCAGAAUAUUUUAUCAUCCGGAUCAUAUAGAUGAUAUAGAUGAGGACGAUCCUGAUGACGAUCUGUGUUUCUAAAUUUAUAAGAAUUCAGAUUUAUACAUGGACUAUAUGAUUAUAAUAAUAAUACAUAUUUUUUAUAUAAAAUAAAACUAUUGUAUUUUAUA